UAAGAGACCAGCUGAGACAUUUUAUUCAAAAUAGACGCCAAAGCCAGCAACAUUAUCAAACAAAAGAACAAAAUUUGGUUCAAAUGGAUGACCAAUUAGUUCAAACAGAAGAAAUUUUAGUUCAAACAAAUGAACAUUUAGUUCAAACAAAUGAACAUUUAGUCCAAUCAGAAGAACAGAAUUUUGAUCAAUCAGGAGGUAGCCCAGACUAUGAUGCACAAAACAGAGAAAAUCAUAGCCCAACAAAUCUUGAUGAACGAUCAAACCAUUCAACAUCUGUCAUAAAUGACAAGCAACACUUGAUAAAUACUGAAAAGGGUGAUUUCAUCAAAAACUUUGAUGUAACAACAAGUAAAGAUGUUUGUGAAUAUUCUACAUAUGAAGAGAAACAAGAAAACCAUCCAGAAGCUGGCCUUGAAACAUGUUCUCAACACACUGUUUAUCAUAACAAUUCAGUAUUAUCUCAAAUGGAUGAGACAAAGGCUGAGCCAGAGACCACAGAACCAGUUUACAUGACAAUAGAAGAAGAACUAUCAACAGAAGAGGAUGUUCCUCCUGUAUCCAAUUAUACACUUGCUGAGUCAAAGAAUGGACUUGAAAAUCCUCAAAACAGUAUGCCUAUUUAUAAAAAAUUAACUGGAAAUCAAGGAUCACAGUUACAGAGUGAAAGAAGAUUUAUUUGUAAAUACUGUUUUAAAUCAUUUGAUAAAAGAAGUGCUUUUAUGAUCCAUAGGAGAACUCAUACUGGAGUAAAAACAUACAAAUGCACUCACUGUAGUAAAACAUUUAGAAAAAGAAAAAGUUUGGUGUUACAUCAACGAAUUCAUAAUGGACAGAAACCAUUCAAAUGUACAUACUGUAGCAAAUCAUUUACUACCAGGAACGCUGUUGUAACACACACAAGAAUCCAUUUUGGAGAACAACCAUUCAAGUGUAAACAUUGUAGCAAAUCAUUUAAUAACAGUGGAACUUUGGUAAAACAUACAAGAAUCCAUACUGGAGAACGACCAUUCAAGUGUAUGUACUGUAACAAAUCAUGUACUACAAGGGGAGGACUGGUAAGCCAUACAAGAAUCCAUACCGGAGAACGACCAUUCAAGUGUGCAUACUGUAGCAAACCAUUUACUACUAAGGAAUAUUUAGUAAUACAUACAAGAAUCCAUACUGGAGAACAACCAUUCGAGUGUACA